UGAAAACUUUUUACUUAAGCCUGCUUGUUUCGUAAUUUCAAGUUCUUUUUUGUAACUUAAAAUUUAUAACGAAAUGCCAAAUGCUGUUUUACUUUAUCAAAACCGUGUUCGUAUUGGAUCGGUGUUUAUAGGAAUAGUAACUUUUAUUUGUAUAGUUACUUCAACUAGUGUACCAGUGUGGAAAAUAAGUAAAACUUUUUUUGUUGUUGAAACUUCUGGGUUGUGGCAGUUCUGUAAUAAAGUAAGCAAAGAUUGCACAUCGUUUGGAAAUGUUGAAGGUUUCAUGAAGGCUUGUCAAGCCUUUGGUGUCAUUGCAACUUUGCUAAGCUUUUUAACAGUUUUGGUAGUUUGGUGUCAGUGGUUUUCAUCUAAAGUCAACACAGUUGCUAUAUUAUACGUUAGUUCAGGAGUAUGCAUGGCUGUCUCAUUAUCGAUUUAUGCAUCGAAGUAUAAAGACAUAGAAUAUGGUUGGGCGUAUAUUGUUGGUUGGUGUGGUGUAGCUUGUGCAUUUAUUGGAUUUUUUAUGAAAUUAUUGUUAUGAGUUU